AUGCGUAACACUCUGCCCCUUUUGUCUCGUGCUCCCGCUCCAAGUUCGACCUUCGCCCGCUCUUCGUCCCCUAUCCCUCCAGCAGACAUCACCCCUCAAGAACAUGUCCCCACCAUCCGCCUCAUCUCUGCCACUCCGUCCGCGGCAGGCUCCGCCGGCGAUGCUAGCACCUCUUUCGCCAGCUCUUCCUACGCGUCCAUCGCCCCCUUUGCCUCUUCGCCUCUCGCGCCCAAGGCCAGCUCCGAUGCCGCCCGCAAGCGCAUCGUGCCCAAGAAGUCCAAACUCGGGCUCCUCGGUGGCAGCAAGAAGGAGAAGGGCAACAAGGACUUCUCCGACGUCGUUCGCCGCGUUGGCGGUGCUCCCUCCACCGGCCGCGGCGGUUUCGAGAUCUACGUUGACCAGAACGACGAUCCGGAGCUCGCGGAGAUCGUAGUGGUGAAGAAGAAGAAGUCCCGUCUUGGAUUGGACGGCAUGAAGUGGGGGACUCUUGGGGAAGUCACCAACGUUCCGGCGGCGCCGAAGGAACAAACCUCGGCUCCCGCGGACAACUUCCUCAAGGUCAAGGGCGACGAGAACCAGAAGUGGUGGAGCAUCGGCCGCGGCAGGAAAGAUUCGAAGGGCAAGGACAAGGAACAGAAACCGCCUGCCCGCUCGAAGACUCCUGAGCCUUCCAAGCCUCUCGAGAGUCGCGCGCGAUUCAACUCGCUCGAUUCUGGUAUUCUCCUCAACAGCCCUUCGGCAAAGCCUCCGAAGCAAAAGCAGGGCACUGUCUCCUCAGUUAAAACCCUGCUGGAGGUUCCGGUGGUUGCAACUGCACCAUUGGAUGAGAACGCGUCUGCCACAAAUGGGCUCCUCUCUGCUGGCGACGCUCAGCCGACUGGCUCCAUCGCGAUUCGUGCGAUUCGCUCGAUGCGAUCGCUCGCACGCAUGGCCAGCUGGGCACAACUCUCGAACGACAAGGAAGGCAACACGGCUCCCGCAGCCACCACGGACACGGUUAGGUCCAGGACGAAGGAGGAGAAGAAGACGAAGGAGAAGAGCGAGACGAUGAAGAAAAAGAAGAAAAAAGACAAGGAGAAGACGAAGGAGAAGGAAAGUAAGGAGAAGGAGAAGACCAUCCGCUACUCCGGCAGUAGCUUCGAGGCCGGCGCGCUCAGUGCGCAAGCCAGCCCUGCCCCGCUCAGGACCGAGGACGGCCCGCGGACACUGAGCAGUCGCAAGAAGCAGAGCGUUCUUGGCCUUGGUCUCCCAUCUACGCUUCGCCUAGGGACGGUCCGCGAUGCCUCCGGCUCCUCAACGGCUUCAGCAGCUGGCGUCCCUCAAGCACCACAACGGCUCUCUGUGGACUCUGCCCACCUUAUCCUCAAUGCGCAGGGUCGGCCAUCGUCCAUCCUAUCGAGCGGCUCAUCUCUGCGUCCUCCUUCCACUGCCUCUGGCAUCUCAACGUUCUCCGGCGGCCGCUCGCCGCGCUCGUCAUCAAGUUCCGUCGCCUCCAUCCGCUGGGACGAGGCGGUCCUGAAGACCGCCAAGGAGAAGCAGCGCAAGGAACGGCGGUCGCAACGGGAGAAGGAGAAGGACAGCGGGAAGACCACCAGCCGGCGCACUUCGGACUCGCGCCGCCGGACGCCCAUUUCGGAGAUCUUCCCUCAGAUGCAGAUGCAGCGCGAGCCAUCGUUGUCACCGCCUGCGUCGAUCAUGGAGCGCCCGAUCGUCAGGGUUGAGGAAGCAACAGCAGACGGACACUCGGCACCGACUGAUGACGAACGUGAGGUUGCGAGCGAGGCACCGAGUCCCAGCGGGACGCCUGUCAAGCGCGCACGGCCCCGUCCGAUGUCUGAGCAGAUGCUUGGAAGGCCGCGACCGCAACCGAUCUGCGAUGAAGGCGACGGUGUUUUGUCGAUCCUCGACGCCGCUACGAAUGACCUGGCAUCUCUCAUCAACCGUCUGGACCUCGAGGCGACUCCUGCGAGCACGAACAACACUCCGCUCCGGCUGUCGCCCUUCCAGACAGUGCAGGAGAGUCCCCUCAAGUCGCGUGCCACGCAUCGCGGCAGCCCACUCAAGGGCGAGCUGCGCGAAAGCACUGCAUCUAUUGCGUCAUUGAGGCCGUACGCCAAGUCCCAGCCCUCCGCCGUCCCCGCUACGCUCUCGUCAAAGCCCUCGACGCAGCGCCCGCAAGGUGCUGUGCUCGUGGGCCAGCAGAUCGCGCCAUGGAGCGAGCUCGACUGGAAGGUGUCCCCGCGCAAGCCGCUCAUCAAGCCCAAGGCUGCGCCUCACCUCACUCACAAGCGCACGCUCACGCCCUCGCCUUCAGACCCUGCACCAGUAUUCCUAGCUCUGCGGCCCGCAAAGCUCAAGGCUUCGAGCUCUGCUCUUUCCACCUCGUCCUCAGUGCACACCCUCACGCCUCCCGUGGGCCCUACCAACGAGGGCACGCCUUCCUCGCGCACGUUCGGCAACCGUCCUUCCAAGGUCGGCGUCGACAUGGCCAAGCUCGAGAGCACCGAGGUUGCCGGGUCGCCCACGCCGGUGUUCAGCCGCGUUGGCGGACACCACCGCAAGAGCUCGUCGCUCAUCCCCAUGAACAGCAAGGGGAGCGUCGGCAGCUUGCGCCGUAUGGGUGUCCCGAUGACGGCGGAGGCGCGCAAGGGCUUGGGCCUGUGCGGUACGCUUGGCGGGUCGACCGAGCCGGACGUCGACCCGGAGGACCCUGACUCUGACAUCCCUGACGAGCUCCAGGUUAUCCUCUCCGGUCAGUCUGACGACGACAUGACGCGCCCGCUCGACGACACGUUGUCGUUCCGCGCUCCUUCGCCUGGUUCGCCCCCGAAGGCUGCGCUCCCGCUUCCUCAGACCGAGGUCGAGAGCGAGCCUGAGGAGCUCGAGCACGAGCUGCCGCAAGUGCCGGUCUUCCAACUGUUUGAUGUUGAGGACAACCAGGCAGAGGUCGACGAAGGCGGACACGGGUCUGCGUCCGAGGAUGACACCAAGAAGUCGUUCGACUUCACCGGCGAGCUUCAGAAGCUCAACGAGUCCGGUGGAUCGGACAGGCACAGCUUCAUCGAGCAGGUCGAGAACGCGUUCAAGACCCCCGCACGCAUCGAGCUCGGGUUCGACUUCGGCAUCGAGGAGGGCAUGCUCGCCCCGCCCCUCCCUGCGCUUCCGCAGAACCUCCGUGUCGCGCCGUCCGUCGAGAACGUCCCGCAGAGCUUCUCGAACCUGGGCGACACAUCGUCCAUGUUCGGCUCGGACGAGACCGGCAACCGAGAUUCGGGCAUGUCGCAAGACCAGGAGCAGGACAUCAGCUUCAUGAUGCGCGAGCUCGAGGACGAGUGCCGUGUGUACCCCGAGCUCGUGCGCCAGGCGUCGAUGCGAUCCAAGCCCUCGGACGGCUAUCUGAACAAGAACUUCAAGUUCGGUGGCAUGUCAUCCCCGCAGAGCUCUGCGAACGACUCCAACUCGAGGCCGCUCACGUUGUCCGACAUCAUUCCGCCCAUCACGCACUCCCGCUCGCACUCGCAGGUUUCCACGACGGAGGGUGACUCGGUCCUGAAGUCGAUCUUGGCCAAGGCCGCGGACGUCAUGCCUGCGGAGCCCACCAGCCGUCCACGCGUCGACUCGCAGAACAGCAUGAAGCCCAGCCCUCACGUCUCCUUCCCUGAGGACGUCUCGCAGGGUCCUUCGCACGCACGCACCGAGUCGGGCUUGAGCUUCACCGGCUUCGAUUCCUUCGACGAGGUGCGCCGCGGCUUCGAGUUUGGCCCGAACCGCCCCGCGUUCUGGCCGCCCAAGGACGCCGUCUUCCGCCCUGCGCACCAUCAGCACGAGUCCCUGUACAGCAUCGCGUCGAUCUCGUCGUACGGUGCGGUCGUCAACAACGGCGCCCAGGACCCCUUCGGGUACGCUAAUGGUCUCAGCCGUCCGCCGUCGAUGGAUGACGACAUGUCGAUGUCUAUGUCGAUGAACAUGUCUGUUGACGACACGUUCUCGUUCAUCCAUCGCAACAAGCCGCGCACCCGCGUCGACAGCGACGCUUCCAGCUUCUACUUCCGUGCACCUGGAGGACCCACCCAGAUGAUGCACCCCUACCGCCGUGGCCACCGUCGUGGACCGUCUGCACUGUCUAUCGCUUCUAAUGCGCCUCCCGUCAGUCUGUACAACCGGAGCUUCGCUGGGCACGGUCAUCGCAAGAACGACUCGAACACGAGCGCGAGCUCUGUCGCGCUGUCGUACGCGAUGCACGGCGCAGCCGGCGGACGCGCGACCUGGGCGCAGCACAGCCGCGACUACUCCGUCGACUCGAUCAUGAGCGACUACUCGGAGCGGAACAUGGCGCGCCCGGGCCUCGGCGACAAGAUGUUCGAGACGUCGCGUGGCGCGCCGCUCAGCGCGAUCUCCGCGUCACCCGAGAGCACGUACAGCGAUGCGGACGGCGCGAACCGCACGUCGUGGGACUCAAUCAUGGACAACGACCGGUACCCGUCGGCCGUCGAGGACUCGCUGUUCGAUAAGACGCGCAACCGGACGUCGAUGUCGAACGAGUCGGUGUUCGGGUUCGACCCGUAUGCGCAGUAUGCGCGGCCCCCGCCGAGCCAGCAGUUCCGCCCGCUGUCGAUCAUGAGCGAGAUGAGUGUCCAUAGCCCGCCUAAGGAGGACGACACCAUGAUCUCGAUGCUCGGCGGUGGACACGUCCGCAGGCGUUCCGUGAGCUCCAUGGUCGACGCCUCGCCCUGCGUACGCGUGGAGCGCAACAAGCAUACCGCGCUCUCUGGCCGUGUUCUGCAGUUCGACCUCGAACCGCCUGCUAAGGAGUCCCCGAAGAUGGCUACGCUCACGGAGAAACCUUCGAUUGCGUCGACAUCUUCGUACCAGUUCGGUGGCGAGCGCAUGAUCAAGGCCCGCCACGGUCUGUUGGAGCGCCAGAGUCUCGAAGAUAGCGCGCUCAUCGCGCAAGGCGAGGACCUUCUGGCAUCUCUGCGUGAGCGUUCGAUCUUCAGCAAGCCUGUUUCGGCUGCACGGUCGCGGUCGAGCACUUGCACCUCGAGCUCGUCUGGUUCGUCCGGCGCGGAGACGCCCCCGCUCUCGUGCUCCGAUGGCUCCUCCAUGUCCGGCGGCUCUCAGUCGAGCAUCGAUCUGGGCAGCCUGAACUCCAUCCUCACCAACGUCACGCAGCCAAGCAGUGGCGUUGCGAGGGCGCGCUCGCGCCAGCGGGCCCGUGGCAUGGGUCACCGUCGUCGCAUCGACCAGGCGCGCAUGUCGCGCUCGUCCGUCUACGAGACCAUCCAGGAGGAGGCUUCUGUCUACUCGAGCUCGCCAUCCGAGAAGCACCCGACACCACAGAGCGUUGCGAAGCAGUUCGCGAGCCCGCUGAACAACACGUCGGUGUACAUCGUCGAGGGCGACAGCGACUCCAUGUACGGCGACUGGGACGAGGAGACUGGGAUCAUGACUCUUCGCCAUUACUAUGCGCUCCGUGACGAGGCUCAAGAGACCGUCACGGAGAGCAGGCGUGUGUGGGUCGACACCCCUUUCUCGGUCUUUGCUCUGCAAUCGUUCCAGCCCCCGAAGGAGCCCGCUGUGAUGCAGGCUAUGCUCGAACACUCGCAGAAGAGCUACGGCCCCCUCCCGUCGGAAUUGCGUCCUCAUCGUGUGCGCUCGAGGACUUCAUCAAGGCCUUCACCGUACCCCAUCCGCGCUGUGCAUGCAUCGUUCUCUCCGGAGAAGCCGCGCUCGUCGCCCAUCCAGGUGUUCACGGACGCCCCGGCGAAGCCUUCCGCACCAGCUGUUCUUCAGCAUCCUGUGCUUCGUGAGGUGCAGCGCAGCUCGAACGUCUUCUCGGCGUCUCCCGCUCCUGCGCUCGACAAGAUCAAGCCAUUCUCGCCCAUGCACAUCGAGCUCGACACCUCCAAGAACGGCAAGAGCGCGAUGGGCCUGCCGACGCGUCCCCGCGUCACAUCGAGCACGCGUCGCGCUGCCCUCGGGUGGUCGAAGCGCACUGGCAAGUCCAGCGCUCAGGACUCCAAGGAGAACAUUUCUACCAGCAGCAUGAUCAUCCCCACUCCGUCGGAGACGCUCAGGAUCAACCGCCCUCGUCCUCGUGGGCGGCCCACUCCUGCUCGCGUCGCAGUCCCCGCGGCAUGA